GCUGGGCGGGUCCCCACAGGGAGGCAGAGGGGCAGCGCUCCGCUCCCCGGCCGUUCUUCCGCUCUCCUGUCCGGCACCCCGCGCUCCCCAGGCCCCGCCGCCCCCCGCCUGCUCCACCACUCGCUCCCGUCCCCGGGAAGUCCCGCCCCGCUCGGGGCGGUCGCGGCUCUCUGCCAGCCGGGGCCGUGCGGGGUGCGGUGCUGCCGGCGGAGGGUCGGACCGCAGGACUCCUUUAGGAUCUGGUUUUUUCCCCGUUGUUAAAGAAAAAUGCUGUCCUUGAGUGGAAAAGUGCAGACUGUCUUGGGCCCUGUGGAGCCAGACUGUCUUGGCUACACAUUGACUCAUGAACACUUGACUAUGAACUACAGCAGCUGCUUUUGUCCACCUUCUCCAGGCCAAGAGCCUUUGUCUAAUGGGCCCAUUGAGAUGAAGAACUUGUUUUGGAUUAAGCAAAAUCCCUACAGCCAUAAAGAAAACCUUCUUUUGUAUCAGGAGACAGAGGCUGUGAGGGAGGAGCUGCUGCAUUUUAAAGCAGCUGGUGGUGGGACAAUUGUGGAAAACACAACUACAGGAAUUGGCCGGGAUAUGAAUACUUUGAAGAAACUCGCUGAAGAAACUGGAGUUCAUAUUAUUGCUGGUGCUGGGUUUUAUGUGGAUUCCACUCAUUCUUCUCAAACACAGGCCAUGACAGUGGAGCAGCUGACAGAGAUUAUUGUUGAUGAGGUACUCAAAGGAGCAGAUGGGACUAAUAUCAAGUGUGGUGUGGUGGGAGAAAUAGGUUGCUCCUGGCCUUUGACUCCGAGUGAACACAGAGUGCUUCAGGCAACAGCACAGGCUCAGUCACAGCUUGGGUGCCCUAUUAUCAUCCAUCCUGGCAGGAACAGUGACUCCCCUUUCCACAUUAUCCGCAUUCUGCAGGAAGCUGGGGCUGAUGCUUCAAAGACAGUCAUGUCUCACCUCGACAGGACCAUAUUUGAUAAAAAGAAACUUCUCGAAUUUGCUAAACUUGGAUGUUACUUAGAGUAUGACCUAUUUGGUACAGAAUUCCUUCACUACCAGUUCCAUCCGGAUAUUGACAUGCCGAACGACAAUGAAAGAAUUGCAAGGAUUCGUAUGUUGAUUGAAGAAGGCUAUGAAGACAGAAUUCUGAUGGCUCAUGAUGUACACACCAAGAACAGGUUGAUGAAAUAUGGAGGUCAUGGAUAUUCACAUAUCCUGAAAAAUAUAGUUCCUAAAAUGCUAAUUAGAGGCAUAUCCCAAGAUAAAAUUGAUAAAAUACUCCUAGCAAAUCCAAAGCGGUGGUUGACUUUUAAGUAGGAACAAUGAAUAAAUAUGCCUGAUUUAGAAGGAAGCUUGAUAAAAUUCAGAUUUCAAUACAGCAGUCAUUAAAAAAAAAUCUAAAAAUCUGAAAAACUAAAAAUUUAGUAUAUGCAAAUAAACUAAUUGUAACUUUUCUUUUUAAUUAGAACAUCAAAAUUGUGUACUGUCUCUACAUGUUCUCUCUUCUGAAAGUUUGCUCAUGAAUAAUUUACGGAAUAUGAGCCUACCUACAGAAUCUUUUCAACUGACAUUUUAAGAUAAUUGUUUCAAAAGCAUAAUCUAAUACUGUUACUGAAUGUUACCUUCAGACUACUUCUGAAGAUGUGUCACCUGGAAGGAAAUUUCCUUGGAAGGAAAUUACGGUUUUCAGUUAAAUUUCCUGUCUUCAGGGGCUGAUUUUAAUCCUUGUAAUACUGUCAAUCUUCUCAUUAUCCUCAUAUUCUUUAAGUAAUACUUGAUUGAAAGGUCUGGAAGUUUUAAUUAGCUUCCAUAGACAAGAGAAGGCAAGAGGAAUCUCAAAAAAGAUAAGGUUUCUUUCUAGCUUAACAGUUUACUUAAUUGUAACUGAAAAUGUAAAAAAUACAUGAAAAAUAUAUUUUUGAAUAAAGCAUUUUGAUCACCUCUUAAA